AGCAAGCUGAGUAGUAUGCUGGACGUGGGGAAGUGGCCAGUGUUUGCACUGCUUCCUCCUGAGGAACUACGGCUUAUCCGACAGGCUUGUGUCUUUGGCAGUGCUGCAAAUGAAGCCCUCUAUGUCACAGUUAACGAUGAGGUCUUUGCCUUGGGCACCAAUUGUAGUGGUUGUUUAGGGCUCGGAGACCUUCAAAGCACUAUCGAGCCACGCAGAAUUGAUGUGCUGUGUGGAAAGAAGAUUGUGUCCCUAAGCUAUGGAACAGGACCACAUGUGGUUGUCGCUACUUCAGAUGGAGAGGUGUUUGCUUGGGGCCACAAUGGCUACAGCCAACUUGGCAAUGGGACCACCAACCACGGACUCACCCCUGCCCUGGUGUCCACCAAUCUCCUUAGCAAGAGAGUAACAGAAGUGGCCUGUGGCUCACACCAUACUAUUGCCCUCACAAAUGAUGGAGAGGUGUAUGCAUGGGGUUACAAUAACUCUGGCCAAGUCGGUUCAGGGUCUACUGCCAACCAGCCGACGCCACGCCGGGUCAGCAGCUGCCUGCAGAACAAAGUGGUGGUCAACAUAGCCUGUGGUCAGCUCUGCUCUAUGGCUGUGCUGGACAAUGGAGAGAUCUAUGGUUGGGGCUACAACUGCAAUGGCCAGUUAGGUUUGGGCAACAAUGGAAAUCAGCAGACCCCAUGCAGGAUUGCUGCUCUCCAAGGUGUCAACAUCAUCCAGGUUGCUUGUGGAUAUGCACAUACAUUGGCACUUACAGAUGAGGGGUUUGUUUACGCCUGGGGAGCCAACUCAUAUGGGCAGUUGGGAACAGGCAAUAAGAGUAACCAAGCUCUUCCCACCCUAAUAAACACAGACAAGGAGAGGAUAGUGGAGGUGGCUGCAUGUCACACCAGCCACACAUCUGCUGCCAAGACCCAGAGCGGCCAGGUUCUCAUGUGGGGUCAGUGUCGAGGUCAGGCUGUGGCCAGCCCCCACCUCACCCAUUUCAGCAGCACGGAUGACGUGUUUGCCUGCUUCGCCACACCAGCAGUCACGUGGCACCUCCUCUCAGUAGAUGGCGAUGACUACCUGACUGUUGCUCAGUCUUUGAAGAAGGAGUUUGACAGUCCAGAGAUUUCAGACCUGAAGUUCUUGGUUGAUGGAAAGUGUAUAUAUGUUCACAAAGCCCUGCUAAAAAUCAGGUGUGAACAUUUCCGUGCACUUCUGAAUGAAACAGAUGAAGACACCAUAGAAACCCAUCAGUUCUCAUAUCUGGUGUACAGAGCCUUUCUGGAGUACCUCUACACAGACACUAUUAACUUACCACCAGAGGACGCUAUUGGGUUACUCGACCUGGCUACGUUUUACAGAGAGACUAGGCUGAAGAGGCUGUGCCAGGAAACAAUCAAGAGAGGCAUCUCUGAGGAGAACGCCAUCACUCUGCUGUCUGCUGCUGUCAAGUAUGAGGCACGGGACCUGGAGGAGUUCUGCUUCAAGUUUUGCGUCAACCACCUAACAGCUGUCACGCAGACCCAGGCCUUUGCAGAAAUGGACCACGAGCUGCUCAAGAACUUCAUUAGUAAAGCCAGUCGCUACGGGGCUUUCAAAAACUGACUAGAGCGACCUCAUAGAGAUGGAGUCAACACGAUGAGCUUUAAAGUCUCAGAGGUCCUGGGAGUCGACCCUAGACCCAAGUAAACACCAGGAUGAUCAGCUCUUCAGAGCCUCGUUGCUGGGGAUGUAAACACCGGAGAGGCAAAUGGUUUAAGAUUUCACUCUGUAACUGAUGCUUCUGUGUGACGUUCUAAAUCUAGCCUAAACACGACAGAUGCUUGAGACGUAAAUAUUGGGUUGAACUACUCAUCUAUAGUCCCAAGCAAACUGUGCAGAGGCUGAACAGAAAGAUGUGCAACAGUGAUUAUCUUACUGUUUAAUUUUUAUAACUGACACUAUGUUCAACUGCCUCAUAGAUACAACCAGCUAUUGGAGGCAGGAUAGCUGAAAAUGCUGUAUACUAAAACAAAGUCUAUUGCAAUGUAAGGGUUUGGCAUUCAGGUAUAAAUAAUUCUCAUCACACCUACCUGUGUCAGUGAAGUGAAAACAAAAAAAUCAAAUUGCAUUUAGUAAUUUAGUAUAAUAUGUCUGAUCAGUAGUGACAGGAAGUGAUCAGCAAUAAACAAUAUUCACAUUGUGCUGCUUUCUUUGAAGCCUUGAUUCUCAAACUUUCAGGAUUGAGAAGUAGUGUUAAAUGAGGAGUAAAAUUGCAAGCUGUUCCUCUGUAUUAGAGAAGUGCAACUUAAUGACACCUUUUUUUUUUAAUUGAACUUUUAUAGUUUGUAAAUGAUAAUAUAUCAGUUGUCUCUCAGUCAUAGUUGAACUUUGCCAGUUAACUGCAUAUGCGCAUUUUAUAAGGUAGUUAUUCACCUUUGCCAUCCAAACUUGUGGUUACUGUUUAAUGUACUGACUAACAUUUGCACAGUUCUGCUGCAGACAGUGGCUUUGGUCUAUGUCUGCAUACUGAAAGAAAAUGUGCAUCCAGACCUAAGUCAUACUUUAUGAGAGAAAAGGACAUCCUAAUGCAUGUUUACUUGUGUUCAGAUUAAACCUCUGUGCAGCUGGAAACAGUGUCUGACUUAAAUAAGCAUAUUGGUUCCUGUGUACCCUGGCUGUGAUGUUACAGAAUAGAUGCAGCUGAUUCUACAGUUGGGUUUCCUUGCAAUUUGGUAUGUUUACAAAAGUUUGGCUGUUUUUUUUUGUUUCGUUUUUUAUCGUUAAUAUGUUUUGCAGCAUACUUCUCCUUUUUAUUACAAGUGUUUCUUUAUAUCUUUCCCCUGAUAGCACUUUUUGGUAAUGAAACUGUGCUAGCCUAGUCUAAUUGCAGACCUCCUGUGUUGAAUAUGACCCCCAAGUCUCAUAAAGGACCACACAGUCUUUAAAUGUAGUUAGUAGAUAUUUCCACAUUAGAUUUCUAAAUCUGUCUGAAUAGAAUUUAACAAAAUGCUUUUGCAUUAACAAGCCAAUUAUUGUAUUUUUUGGAACAUUUUGAUAAUUAAUAAAAAAACUGCCUGUGUUCACAUUUUGUAUGGAAAAUGCUGUGAGAUGCUUCUGAUAACAUUUGACAAUCUAAAAUGUAAUAAAAUGAAAAACUAAAUAGUAUGAUGUAUGUUGGUGUGUUGUGUGUUGGUCUGACAUACAUGUAUACACAAUGUAAAAAUACUGAAAGCAAUCUUCAGUCCAUACAGCAGCAUAACAUUUUUUGGAACAUUUGCAAAACACAUCUGCUAAGAAAACUGUUUUAACAGCAGUUUGAAGUAUCAGGGGGGAAGUUUGUUGUGCUCGCUUGUUCGUGAACAUGCCUAGCUGUGCUUAACGAUUGCUCAGCAUCUACUGUAGCAUUUUCACACGUUUCUUAGUUUGUGACCCACUGCAGAUGCAGAGGAUUUCACACCA